AUGUAUAGGCGAUCAUUGGACCCAUUGAUUCAAGUGACCAUGUUCAAAGUGCUAGUGAUUGUUCUGUUGGAAUUAUCGCUGUCGUAUUCCACCGGAGCUGCAGCUGAAGAAGCCUAUGUUACCAUGGCUCGGUGCAGAAUUCAGUGCUUGAAGCAG